CGGCCAUUGGCCUGAGCGGAGGGAGGGGGCGGAGACGCGCCCUGCGCGUUUCCCGCCGCCGCGUAGCCAUGGUAGCGCCGUGACUCGCACGUUCGGCCCGGGUGCCGUCAUGGCGGAGCCCAGCGCGGCGGAGCAGCGCUGGCUGCAGGCGGCUCAGGACUUCAGCCGCCGAGCGCUCCCGGCCCAAGAGGGGCCUGGCGCACCGGAGGGGCCGCCGCUGCUGGACGCGGUGCUGCGGUGCCUGCGCAGCGCAGUUGGCGGGGACCUGCCGCUCGGCUACAGUUUCAUCUCCAUCUCUGACCUGCAGCAUCAGCAGUGUGUGCCAUGCUGCAGCCACCUGACCUGGAGCACUAAUGAGUUUAAAGAAUGGGCUCGUCAAGGACAAGCUGCUAUACCCACACAGAGCACUUUGCCAAGGGCUUACCUCAUUUUGGUUGGCUAUUUAACAGAUGGAAGGCAAGAGAGCAAAGAAAAGUUGGUAGAUGGUUGUCUAUAUGUGAAAGACAAUACUGGGAUAAUCCCAUGUGAGGUCCUGCAUUUUGAACUUGAGUGGCUGGAGUCACUGUUUGUCUUCCCAAGCUGGUCAUACAUACCACAGACAGACAAGAGUGCAGCAGGGUAUUUGGAAAUCCUAUUGGACCCGGUGCCAGUAAAUCUUCUCAAGAAGGUACCUGACAGCAUUCCAGUCACCUACCAAGUAUCAGCCAAGACACUGCUUACCUCCAGGAGUCCGUGUGAGAAAAGAGCAAAGCUCCCUGUGGCAGGUGAAUUGACCCAACGCGGGCCUCUCCUUUGUAUUCACCGGAAGACAUUCUUCUUUCUGUUUCUGAAGUGCUGUGUCUCAGGUGUUCGGGUCCCUGUGCUGGUGCAGAAGCCCAGCCAGCUGGCAUGGCAUCAUACCCUCCAGUUGGGUCGCAGGUAUGCAAUCACAGGCCUGAGCCUGACCAGCCUGAAGAAAUCUGGACAAAGGACAUUUGUUACCAGUGAUUCUUCCCACCUUCUGCCCUACUGUGCAGAGCAAGUGAGGGAGCAGUCACUGGACAGUGCUUGGCAAGACGAAUCCACUCAGUCUUCUUCCCUGGAGACUGCUGAGCAGCUCAGUAGUAUCUUGGAGCUGAGAGUUGAAGAGGAGAGGCCAAGAUCAACCAAAGAGUCCAAGAUCAUCUCAUAUGUGGGAUUUGUCACCAAAAUACUCAAUAUCCAAGCUGGUCUCUUUUUACUGGAUGACAAAGUCUGCUUGUGCCUUGCUUACCAGCAGUUGUUGAACUCUGCACGUGGACUCCGACCAGGAGCAUAUGUGGAGCUCAUCGAUGUCCACCUCCUGCAGAAGCCUCUGGUAUCCUUCCCUUUCGUUGUACUUGGUGCUUGCCUGAGCAGCACUAUUGUGCUGAAGGGUUUUUCAAGGCUCAGCACCCCCUACCAGCCACCAGCCUCUUCUGGAAAUCUCUACUUAGAGCUGCUCUUCCGCUACAAUCUUGGUAUGCCACUGUACCUCUGGCUGGUGAGCCUCCUGGAGACAUUCGAGGAGAGGUUUUCUUGUUUCUUUGGCCGCUGUCACCCGUUGCUUCGCUCCAUGCACCGAAACCCUGGAGCUGCUGAGAAGUUCCUUGUCCCCCUUCUACAAGCUGUGGUCCCAGAUAGACAGGAAGCAAGAGAUAUUUACAGUGAAAUCCUAGAUAGAAAACACCAGUGUCCCCUGCAGAAGUAUUCAACCUUGAACCCCCCAUGCCAGGCCCCAUCUCUGUCUGCAGUUUGCCAUGUGGCAGAAGAGAAGAGCUGGGAAGGCUUCAGUCCAUCACAGUUGCUCUCCCCCUUGGAGGAACAGCACAUGGGCACCCAGGAGCUGAACCGCAGACUGGCCUGGUCCUACUGCACAUUCUCAGCAGGAAGUUUCCAGCCCCAACUGAUACUGCUGGGUGUGCUGAGAGUCUCCUCCAGGAGCAGUUCCCUCCAGCUGCAGGACAAGAGCAGCACGCUGCCCUGUGUGAUAUGCAAUAGGGAUGGUAGCCCCUUUGCUUAUACAGCUGCCAUAGGAUCACUCUUGCAGGUGGAGACCUAUCAGCUCAUAGUGGAGAGAUUCCUUCAGACUGAUUUUCCCUCCUGGGAGCACCUGCCAAAUCUGGCGCAUAUAAGGGAGAAAAAACAUAGUGUCUACGUGCAGUUCUACUAUGAGGAUGUUCAGGUUCUCCGUGCUGCGGAAGGACAAAUCCAGAAAAGCCUUGGGAGAGGAAACAGCUCCUCUUUGAGGAAAACAGAUGGUGGCAGCUUAACAUCUGAGCUGGAAACCCCAGAGGCAAAAAUGCUCAAAUUGGAGGAUCCCAAGCCAGAUACUCGCAGAGAUGAAAACUGUCAGGGGGGGCAGAGCAGCGCUAGGACAAAGAGCUGUGUAUCUCACCUCUUCUUGGUUACCCAGAAAGAGGGUCUUAUGUUUCGCAAUUACCAGCUGCCCAGGAAAGACGAUGGAGAAGGAUGGGAGCUGCAGCGCAGUUUCCAAGCCACGGUGUUGUGGCUUGGCAGACCUCGGCUCUGGAGCCACCCCAGAGAAAUUGGGAGUCUAGCAGAGCUGGAGGAGAGCGGCUGUGAUGGAGAAGAGGACAUGACACGGCAAGAAGCACUACUGCUGUUUAUGGGGAAGUCUCUACGAUGGUUUCCAUUUCUGCACCUGGAUGGGCUGUAUCGCUUCAUUGUGCCCCACUGCUUGGACUUGGAAGUGUUUGACAAGCUUUGUUUUCCACCUGUGUCAGUCAAGUUCCUGAGCAGGUCAUCCUGCCCCCUGUGCCUGCCUGUCCAAGAUACCUGGCACUUACAGCAUGUGACAUGGAUCUCCUGUCUGCCUGAGCUGGCAGCCAGGUCAGUGCGGACAGGCAUGGACCAGAAAAUUUCCUCCAUUCCAGAAAUACUUAGCAACAGUUUCACAGGUUCCCUUGCUUCCUUCUCUGGCAAUAUAGUGGAGAGGACCUUGUGUGCCUCUCCCAAGACCGAGAAGCCACCUGUGACUGUCAGCCUUCAAAAGCAGAAAGGGAGUCUGCUAGCCGAUGAGCACACCGUGAAGCUCAGCGUCUCAGUGGCACCAGGCUCCCCUGCUGUGUUGGAUGUUUACAUUGCUUCCACCUAUCUGCAGCAUCUCUGGGGUUUGCUACCUGGAGCCACGAUCCUCUUCCAGAACUUGGAACGCAAAAUCUCAAGAUUCUGUAAUGUUUAUUGCAUCUACAUUGCCUCCAGCUGUGUGAGCAUCAUAUCUCUGCCAGCUUCUCCCCUACCUUUUCCUUCCAGUCCUGCAGGAGAAAACUCUUCCCCCUCACUAGUGUUUCUAUCCAGCCUGCAAUGUCACCUGCAAAGCCUGUCCCAGGCACGGAUUUUAUGCCACUUGUCCUGUGUGCUGACGCUGUCCUUGCAGUGGGUUUGCUCACUUUGUAACAGCAUCUUCAAAGAGGGGAGGUGCACCCGACACAGUCCACCAUGUCCAUCACACACUGGAGUGAGGCAAGCCAGUGCACGGGUGGUGGUGGAGGAUGGAACAGGCGAUGCUUUGGUGCUGUGCCGGAACCAGCACGUGGCGGCAAUGCUGGGCCUCAGCCUUCUCGAGUGGGAAGCGCUGCAGAACUGCGUGCAGAGCAGGGGCAGUGUGUCCAUUCAGCAUGGGGAAGCUACCGGCACAGGGUGUGUAGAGGAACCUGAGGAUCUCAUUGCUUGCUACCUAAGGAGCCUGUGCAGGAGUCCUCUCAUCUGUCGCCCUAUUCUGCUGGAUUUCAGCCUAGACAGGAAGCCCUCUAAGAUCCUGCAGCCUGAUCCACUGCAGCUCAGGAAUUUUCGGUGCGAUGAAGUGGAAUUUGUGUCACAAGUGGGACCUCGGCUGAGCCUGCUGUGCCUGGAUGUGAAGGAAGUGGAACAAGACACCUUGAGCUAUCUGAACAGCAAGAGGAUGAGAAGGACGUCUAGCCACUGCUGAGUGGGAGCCACUGCUUAACGUCUCUCCCAGUGGGAGAGGAAUUAUGGAAAUGCCUGCUGGGAUUAGGAGUUUCUUUUAAUCUCCUUUCUAGUGGGAGCACAGGUCUGUGAGCACAGGGUGAAGGGUGCAGCCAGGAAGCUGCUGUGACUGGAAUUCCUGAACAGUCAUUCUGGACCAUUGCCACCAGCGACGCUGGGUUACGGUUUGGAAGAGAGAUGUUGAAUGCUUCCUAUGUGAUAGCCGUUACUUUGGGGCUAAGGCACACAAUGUGUGAACUUUAUGCAGUAGUAUCUACUAAAUAAAGCUAUUAAAAUGACAUUUAAAUAA